UACUGGAUAUAAUAAACCCUGUUGUGUUGUGAUGUGUGAGUGAAUACCGAAGGAAAAAAGAAAGAAGAAAUGCUGAGAAAAGUUCUGCGCCAAUCUUACACAUUUCAUCGUCCAAUAGCCAAUGCAUACUUGUCACGUUGUGCUCCAAGAACCACACUUUCUUCUUCUUCUUCUUCUUCUUCUUCAGAGACCACUGCCACUGCCAGUGAAAUCUCCAUCGACCGCUCUGCACUUUACAACCCCCCUCGUACUCUCUUCAUAUUCCCUUCUUUUCUUCGCUUUUUCUGCUCUCCCUCUCAACUUUUCUCUCUUUCUUGUGGCAGAGCAUUCUCAUCAUCCAUCUUCCGAUUCUGAGCUCGUCAAGCAUCUCAAAGGGAUCAUCAAGUUUCGUGGAGGCCCUAUCUCCUUAGGUGAGUACAUGUCAGAAGUUUUGACAAAUCCUAAAGCUGGGUACUACAUUAAUCGAGAUGUUUUUGGAGCUGAAGGUGAUUUUAUCACCUCUCCUGAAGUUAGCCAGAUGUUUGGUGAGAUGAUUGGUGUCUGGGUGAUGUGUCUUUGGGAGCAAAUGGGCCAACCAAAAAGAGUUAAUCUAAUUGAGCUUGGCCCGGGAAGAGGAACUCUCAUGGUUGAUCUUCUUCGUGGUGCUUCAAAGUUUAAGAACUUCAUUGAAUCAUUGCAUGUACACCUAGUGGAGUGUAGUCCAGCACUGCAGAAGCUUCAGCACCAGAAUUUGAAAUGCGUUGAUGAAGAGAAUGCAACUCAAGACACUGAUAAGAGAACUGUAAGCUCUUUGGUUGGUGCUCCUGUAUCAUGGCAUGCUACACUGGAGCAGGUUCCUUUGGGAUUGCCAACAAUUAUUAUCGCACACGAGUUCUUUGAUGCUCUACCAGUCCAUCAGUUUCAGAAAGCAUCUCGUGGCUGGUGUGAGAAAAUGGUUGAUGUGGCAGAAGAUUCAUCGUUUCGCUUUGUUCUUUCUCCACAGCCUACACCUGCAACUCUGUAUCUAUUAAAACGGUGCAAGUGGGCUGCAGCCGAGGAAAUCGCAAAAGUCAAUCAAAUUGAAGUUUGCCCCAAAGCUAUGGAAUUGACUCAGACCAUUGUUGAUAGGAUAAGUUCUGAUGGUGGUGGAGCUCUAAUUAUUGAUUAUGGCUUGGAUGGAGUUAUCUCGGACAGUCUCCAGGCAAUUCGGAAACACAAAUUUGUCAGCCUUCUAGACAGUCCUGGAUCUGCUGAUCUCAGUGCAUAUGUUGAUUUUGCUUCCAUUAGGCAUUCUGCAGAGGAAGCUUCAGGAGAAGUGUCGGUCCACGGACCCAUUACUCAAUCUGAAUUUCUUGGUUCACUUGGGAUAAAUUUUCGUGUGGAGGCACUCCUUCAAAACUGCACGGAGGAGCAGGCUGAAGCUUUGAGGACAGGAUACUGGCGUCUUGUAGGUGAUGGUGAAGCUCCCUUUUGGGAAGGACCUGAUGAAGAUGUUCCAAUUGGUAUGGGUACUCGCUAUAAGGCAAUGGCUAUAGUCAACAAGAACCAGGGUGUUCCAGUUCCUUUUCAGUAAAGCCUAAUCAUUGUGCCAGAAUUCAACAUUUCUCAAACCAUAGUUGGUUUUUGGGUGCUUUAGACUUUGUUAGGUACUCAAUCCACUGUUGGCAUUUUUAAUUCACACUUUUUUUCUUCUCUUUAUUUAUUUAUAGAUGAUUGUUCAAUAGCUUUUUGAUUUGCUAUGUAUUGUAAGAGUUGCAAGAUGUAAACUGGUAAAAAUUUUGGUAAUUUUCGCCUUGGUUGCUUAGAAAGGGGAAUAAUGUUGGAAAUUGUGUUUGGAAGGAUCUUGACAUAUAUAGAAGGAGAGGGCUUAAAGUGAUUUUGACU